CGUAGAACCCCGCCCAUAUCAGAUCUGCAGCUGAGUGUGACCGACAGUGACGGAAAUCUGAAGUUUAUUUUUAUUGUUCUGGGAGUCUGGAUCGUCGGGAAAAUACAAUUUCCGGUGACUUGAGCCACAAGUACCAAUGAUAAAUCGAUUAGAUUGAUAGCAUCAUUGGGAACGAUGGAUCGGAAAAUCGGAAGUUCUGAGAUGUUGAAUCCUGCAUCAGCUGGAUCCAGAAACGCGAGCACCGACUCCCUCGAUUCAGACUCUAAGUCUAGCUCUGUCAACUCCAAACAUGACACUGGUGAGACCUCUAGUGUUGGACAACAAAGUGAGAGCACUCCAUCCCCACGGCCAGAGGACCUACCUCUUUUGGCAGGAGAAAAGACACAAGGUGUUGCUAGAGAUGUGACCUACUUGUGUCCUUAUACAGGUCCUGCACCAGGUGUUCUCACUGUAACUAACUACAAAUUACACUUCCGAAGCACAGACCGAGAUUCGUUGUACACCCUAGAAGUACCACUAGGAGUGGUCAGCAGGAUUGAGAAAGUUGGCGGUGUUUCAAGUCGAGGAGAGAACUCUUAUGGCAUCGAAGUGUUUUGCAAAGACAUGCGUAAUCUCCGAUUUGCCCACAAGCAAGAAAAUCACUCAAGGCGAAGCGUAUUUGAAAAACUGCAGUUGCGUGCCUUUCCCCUGUCCCACAGCCUGCCUCUCUUUGCUUUUGAUUACCAGGAUACAUUCCCUGAAGAUGGCUGGGCCGUUUAUGAGCCAGUUGCAGAAUUGAAAAGAAUGGGAGUUCCAAACGACUCUUGGAAGAUUUCCAGGGUCAAUGAGAACUACGAGAUUUGUGAUAGCUACCCUCAGAUUUGGGCUGUACCUGCCUGUGCCUCAGACGAAGAUUUGAAGGCUGUGGCUGCAUUUAGAAGCAGAGGGCGAGUGCCCAUCCUUUCAUGGAUCCACCCCACAUCACAAGCUGCUCUCUUGCGCUGUGCCCAGCCAUUGGUUGGUGUUUCUGGCAGACGGAGCCGCGAAGAUGAGCGCUACAUCCAGCUCAUCACUGAGGCCAACGCCCAGUCACACAAACUUUUCAUCACAGACGCCAGGCCGAGUGCCAAUGCAAUUGCUAACAAAGCCAAAGGAGGUGGAUAUGAGUCGGAAGAUGCAUAUCCCAACGCAGAGCUUGUUUUCCUUGACAUUCACAACAUCCAUGUCAUGCGUGAGUCCCUACGGAAGCUGAAAGAACUAUGCUUCCCCAACAUUGAUGAAACUCGUUGGUUAACAGGCCUUGAAUCCACGCUUUGGUUAAAACACAUUCGCUACAUCCUUGCUGGCGCUAUUCGGAUUGUGGAUCGAUUGGAGAAUCACAAAACGUCUGUGCUUGUGCACUGCUCUGAUGGCUGGGACCGAACCGCUCAGCUGACUGGUUUGGCAAUGAUCAUGCUGGACCCGUAUUACAGAACAAUCCGUGGCUUUGAGGUUCUGGUUGAAAAAGAGUGGCUCAGCUUUGGGCACAAGUUUGCCCACAGAAUCGGCCAUGGAAACGAACACCAUUCUGACGCAGACCGCUCCCCAGUUUUUUUGCAGUUUGUUGACUGUGUUUGGCAGCUGACACAACAAUUCCCCACCGCAUUUGAGUUCAAUGACUCCUUUUUGCUUCACAUCUUGGACCACCUGUAUACCUGCCGCUUUGGGACUUUCUUGUUCAACACCGAUCGAGAGCGGCACAAGGAGGAGGUGAAAAAGAAGACAGUAUCGCUCUGGUCAUUCAUGAAUGCUUACUUGGAUGACUACCGCAAUCCUUUGUACUGUCGACUUCUCCAUGCCAGACACGUGCUCUUGCCUGUAGCCAGCAUGAGGCACAUGAAACUGUGGAAAGGAUAUUACUGCAGGUGGAACCCUAGCAUGAGGACCCAAGAUCCUCUCAUUCCAAGGUGCAAGGAGCUGUUGGCUCUGCGAUCGCAGUUGCAGGCUCAGGUGGAGCAGUACAAAAGGGAUGUGGAGGCCAAGAACAGCAACAGGCCAAACAUUGGCAGUCCUCAACGCCUAGCUUCACCUAUCCAUGGCUAACUACAUUUAUCUCUGUAUUCUUUCAACUGGUGGAUCCGUUCAUUUAGUCUGCUUUCAGUCAGGUUAGCUUUUAAUUUGAAUAUAUCUAUUAUAUAUAUAUUUGGAACAAAAAAUAAAUUAUUUAAAUUUCUUAUUCAAUCUA